AUUCGGCUGUGAAAAGUUUAAUGAUUAUGUUAUUGGAAGACAUGUUGUUCUCGAAACCGACCACAACCCAUUAUUGGCUAUUUCAAAGAAAGAAAUAGGCGACAUGCCACCCCGUCUGCAACGACUAUUUCUUCGACUGCUGAAGUACGAGUUUGAGUUGCAGUAUGUUCCAGGCAGCAAAUUGGUUGUUGCCGACACCCUGUCACGAAUCCCAUCGCAGAAACAACCAGAAAAAGGCUCAACGGACGUUGAAGUUCAUGCCGUGGGCGUUCUGACUGCCGUUGUUGGACCCUAUCUCGUCUGCAGGCAGCAACGGCCAGUGAUGCAACGGCGCAAGACGUCAUUUCCAGCCUGCAGUCGUCAAUACCUGUAGAAGGUGAGCUAAAGUCCUUCGCACAAGAACUUUCUGUAGUCAACGGAGUUCUCUUCAAGGGAAUUAAAGUAGUCGUACCUGCAAGCAUGCGAACAGAGAUGCUGCGACGAGUGCACCAAGGGCAUCUCGGCUUAGGAAAAUGCAAAUCGAGGGCUCGCAAGUUGAUGUAUUGGCCAGGAAUGUCAACAGAUAUUGCCCACUUCAUUGACAGGUGUGACGUUUGCAAGAAGUUUGCGUAUCGACAGCCUGACGAGCCUCUGUGCCAGCGCACCGUUCCAGACAUGCCAUGGGUGAGGGUUGGUACAGAUCUUUUUCAACACGCCGGAAAGCAUUAUUUAGUUGUCUAUGACGCCUACUCUAAUUUUCCAGAAGUCGAGCAUCUCAAGGAUACCUCUGCAACGACUGUCAUCCAUAAACUACGUCAGAUCUUUGCAAGGCAUGGAUUACCACUAGAAGUUUGCAGUGAUGGAGGCCCGCAGUUCACGUCAAAAGAGUUUGAAGAUUUUGCGGCUCGUUAUGACUUUGUGCAUACGAUUUCCAGUCCCUAUUUUCCCAGGUCCAAUGGACUCGCCGAGAAGGGCGUACAAGUGGUCAAGCGGCUUCUUGGAAAGACUGAGAGCAAGAAAGAGGACUUCUAUUUGGGCCUUCUCAAAUACAGGGUGUGUCCUCUCGAGGAUGGCCGAUUACCAUCGGAACUGCUAAUGGGACGAAGUCUCAGAACGCUACUUCCAGAUUUUUCAGCGUCAUCAUCAGGUCCCGUCCAAAAACAUGUCCAAGCAAGGACCACAGGAAGAACACUAACUCCACUACAGAAGGGAGAUGUCGUCCGCAUCCUCGGAAAUGGUAGAUGGGAAAUCAAGGCGCAAGUCCAAGAUCUCGUGGCCCCAAGGUCGUACACCGUUCUGACAGAGGAUGGCCGGGUUUUCCGUCGAAAUAGACAGCACCUUCGCAAAACAUCAGAAGCGUUCCAUCGAGCCAUCCAUUACCAGGCGGACGACUGCGACGACACCCCUGACUCAUCUUCGAGCGCAGCCUCGCAGCAGCCGCCUGAACCUUCGCAGGCCGCACCGGAUCGACCACCAGCAGGCACAUCCGGCCCACCUAACAUCCCAGAUUUACUAAGGCGAUCUACCAGACCGCGAAGACCACCAGAUCGCCUGGCCUACACGCACGGAUUCCGGCAGACUGAAACAACCUAGGAGUGUUGACUGCUACUCUUCGAUGUUGAGUGCUUUCUGUGUUUUCAGUGUUUCCAUUCUUCGAAGAAAGGAGGAUGCAACGGCCAACCAAGAUAGCAACACUGUGCAAACGAAGAGAGCAGCGCAGCUAUAAAUACGUUCCCUUCUUAUCAAUAAAGCAUUCUUCUUG